AUGGAGGGGUUACUGGAACUUCCAGUGCAGAUAUUGGGGGGAGUGUGGGAGAUGGUGAGGGAUACGCCGACGCACAUAUUAGGGUUGAUUUUGAUCGGGUUGGUGGGUUUAGGGUUGGGUUGUAUAUACGCCCUCCUCCUCCUCGUCGCGCCCGUCCCCAGAGCUCCCUACCCAUCCGAAAAAACAUACACAACCACCACUCCCUCUGGCACCACCGAAACCAAACCUCUAACCUGUUGGUACGAUUCCUGGGUUGCGCAUCGCGAAGCCUCAGUUUCAAAGAGUGGUUCCCCCUCGCAAAAUAACAUCCGCACUGGGGUCAUCGAGCCGGCAACUCUAGAGAUGAGUCUGGUGGUGCCGGCAUACAAUGAGGAAGAACGCUUGAUAGGCAUGUUGGAAGAAGCGCUGUCGUUUCUCGAUACGACAUACGGACGUGUGGCGAAAGGAAAAGGGACGGGUACGGGGUAUGAGAUUCUAUUGGUGAAUGAUGGGAGUCGCGAUGGCACGGUGGAGAUCGCGUUGGAGUUUUCGCGGAAGAAUGGCUUGCAUGAUGUUUUGAGGAUUGUGACGUUGGAGGAGAAUCGGGGGAAGGGGGGCGCGGUCACACAUGGCAUGAGACAUGUGAGGGGGGAAUAUGCGGUGUUUGCGGAUGCGGAUGGAGCGAGUCGGUUUGCGGAUUUGGGGAAGCUUGUAAAGGGGGUUAAGGAGGUGGUGGAUGAGGAGGGGAGAGGUGUAGCGGUGGGAAGUAGAGCUUGGUUGGUGGGAAGUGAAGCGGUUGUUAAGCGCUCCGCCCUCCGCAACACCCUCAUGCAUUCCUUCCACCUCCUCCUCCGUCUCCUCACACCCCCGCCACCUCCCGCAUCCGCGACACGCAGUGCGGAUUCAAACUCUUCACCCGCGCGGCCCUCCCCCACAUCAUCCCAUACAUGCAUGCCGAAGGCUGGAUUUUCGACGUCGAAAUGCUCAUGUUGGCUGAGAGUGCGCCGGGGGUGGGAGAUGCAAGAGGAAAAGGAAUCAAAGUUUCUGAACAGCCGAUUGCGUGGCAGGAGGUGGGAGGGAGUAAAUUAA